GAGGGAUAACAGAGACGCUGACAUCUUUCUCUGAGAGAGCUUCUGGACCGGGGAGCGGGUGGGUGGAGGGGCAUUGAUCUAAGCGAGAGACGACCGGAUCUGCGCUGAUCAGGCCAGGGCGAGCCGCGCCUUAUCUGGUUUGACCCUUCUUUCCUCCGGCCUCAUCCCAUCCCAUUGUCUCUUCUUGAAGUGGAUUUGCUCAGGGUCCCGGGGAAUGCCUUGCUCAUCGUAUCGUCCCACCUCCCUUUUUAACCUCGCAGAACCUAUGUCCUCCAGCUCCCGCCCCCCUUUCCCCGUGGAUCAUCCUGUUUCCGCCGAGGCUUUCCUCAGCCUUCUCCCUUCCUGACAGUACUGAGGACUGUUGUCUGAAUAAAGCCCUACACUUCACAAAAAGCUCUCUCAGUCCUUUUCUCAAGCGUUCUUAGAAGAGACCAGAACCUGAAAGGACUCCGGGAUUUGGAAAAAGGAUAAAUGUGGGUUCGCUCCACAUUUUAUUAGCUGUGUGAUGCUGACCAGGCCACCUACCUUCUAUGAGUCAGUGUCCUCGGCUUUGAAAAAGGUCCUUCCCUCUGAAAUUGAGGUGUUAGAAUCUAUCUAUCUGGAUGAACUACAGGUGGUUAAAGGAAAUGGCAGAUCUUCACCAUGGGAGGUGUACAUCACCCUGCACCCUGCCACUGCAGAAGACCAGGAUUCACAGUAUGUCUGCUUCACUCUGGUGCUUCAGGUCCCAGCACAGUAUCCCAAUGAGGUGCCACAGAUCUCUAUUCGUAACCCCCGAGGACUCUCAGAUGAACAGAUCCACAAGAUCUCACAGGCACUGAGCCACGUGGCCACAGCUGGGCUGGGUACUGCCAUGCUCUAUGAACUUAUUGAGAAAGGGAAGGAAAUUCUCACGGAUAACAACAUCCCCCAUGGCCAGUGCGUCAUCUGCCUCUACGGUUUCCAGGAGAACGAGGCCUUUACCAAAACGCCCUGUUACCACUACUUCCACUGCCACUGUCUUGCUCGCUACAUCCAGCACAUGGAGCAUGAGCUGCAGGCACAAGGACAGGAGCAGGAACAGGAACAACGGCAGCAUGCCACAACCAAACAGAAGGCUGUCGGUGUGCAGUGUCCAGUGUGCAGAGAGCCCCUCGUGUAUGAUCUUGCCUCACUGAAAGCAGCCCCUGAACCCCAACAACCCAUGGAGCUGUACAAGCCCAAUGCAGAGAGCUUGCGCCAGCAAGAAGAGCUCAAGCGGCUCUACCAGAGGCAGCAGGAGAGGGGGGGCAUCAUUGACCUUGAGGCUGAGCGUAACCGGUACUUUAUCAGCCUCCAGCAGCCUCCUGCCCAUUUGGAACCUGAGUCAGCUGUAGAUGCCUCCAGAGGAUCCCAACAACCCAGUGCCCUUGCCACAGAACUGUCCACUUCAUCAGCUGCCCAACCUACCCAGUCAACUCCUCUGCCUGUGGCUUCCCAGUACACGUGCGAGAAGAUUCCAGGGACUGGACCAAAUCAGCAAAGGUCGGGCGAGACACAGAAAGCUAUCCUAGAUCCCCCCCGGGCCAGUCGAGGCCCCUGGAGACAGCCUGAACGGAGGCACCUAAAGGGAGGGGAGUACAAUGCCCCAAAAGGUACCAAUAAUACUCAGGAACUGUCACCUCCUGAGGGGCCCCCCAAGGAGCCAAUGGACAUAAGGCCAGAAGAACCCUAUAACCAAGGGGUUGAAGGUCCUUCCCAAGAGAAUGGGCCUGGCAACUGGCAGGGUCCCCCGCGCCGCAGGAGUCGGGACUGUGCUCGCUGGGAGCGCUCCAAGAGUCGGACAGCAGGUUCUUCCUAUCCCCACCUACCUCGGGGUCGGGGAGCCUACCCACCUGGUACUCGAAGGGAGCCCUUGAGCCUGGAAUCUGAGGAUGGUUCCUAGCAGUACUAUGGGGGGACAGGGAAAUGGGGGUAAGAGGGGGGCAAUAAAGAGAUUUAGCCUUGUUUGGCUUUCUUUGCUCAGUA